AUGGGAUCGUUUCUGUCGAGUUUGCUCGGUGGAGGCUUAGCUUCGGCCACUGAGGGCUCCUCAUCGUCGGAGUCAUCCCGCGUCAUCCCAUUCCACUCAUCCAACCGAUGGCAGAUCCACUUUAACGACUCCAAGCAAUCCAAUAAACUGAUGGUGGUGGAUUUUACGGCAUCGUGGUGCGGGCCUUGCAAGUUCAUGGAGCCGGCCGUCAACGCCAUGGCUGAAAAGUUCGCCGACGUUGACUUCGCUAAGAUCGACGUGGAUGAGUUAUCGGGUGUGGCGCAGGAGUUUGGGGUGCAGGCUAUGCCGACAUUCGUGCUGCUAAAACAAGGCAAGGAAGUGGAGAGGGUUGUUGGGUCCAAGAAGGAUGAGUUGGAGAAGAAGAUCAUGAAACACAGGGAAGUACCAAAAUUCGCUGCUUGA